CGCCUUACCGAUAGUCUUCGUCUGAGCAACUCAGCUACAAAUGGUUUCAAUUUCUCGCUUCAUGCGCAGAUCUUUCUGUUCUCUCGAGUACUGCUUUCUCGCCUCUCCGCUUGCCACCUAACCUCUGUAUGGCAUUUAGUCAUUCCAGAACUAAUACAAGUGUUUAGGACGUUGCUCGAUCAGCUUCAUGACGCGUAA